CGCGCCUCUGGUUCUAUUAGUUAUUUUACUUAUUCCUAGAUUGAAAUUAAACAAACACAAUGAUAAGCUAUUUCGUACUAACAUGUAUAACAAUACUUUACCUACUGUUUGAUGUUAAUUAUUUCUUGAGGAUAAUCUUCACAAUUCUGUAUGGCAGACAAUUUCAAAAGAAGAUCAAACUUUUGAAGAAAAUUGACAUCUAUGGCGUUUGUUUAACAAUGGAUAUCGACUUAUUCAUGAAGCACAUGAAUAAUGCAAGAUACGUGCGCGAGUUGGACUUUGCACGAUUUUCAUACUAUGAUCGUUCUGGAAUUUAUUCGGUGAUCUCAAAGAAAGGUGGUGGUGCUGUACAGGGCGCAACUUUUUCACGUUAUCGACGUGCCAUUCCUAUUUUUUCAAUGUAUAAAGUUACCACGCAGCUUAUUUACUGGGAUGAUAGAAAUUUCUACCUGGAGCAUGAGUUUAUAAGUCUUUCGGACAAUUUUGUACGAGCUGUAGUUUUGAGCAAACAAAGUGUAACCGGCAUCAAGGUACCAGUAUCCGAAAUUAUUGCAGAAAUUGAUCCAACCGUAGUAAGACCAACUCCUAACAAGGAUCUCGAACUUUGGAUGAAGUCAAUGGAGGAAUCUUCGAAUAGGUAUAAGAAAACGACAAAUGAUCUAAAAACAAAAUAGAAAUUAAAUGGUUUAAUUUUUCCUUGAAAUAUUUGUCAGUACCUUAUGUCGAGAAUCUGUAUUUGAUGAUUUUUAUUAAUGAAUUUAUUUCUGUAAUAUUUAUAUGCUCAAAAAUAUUUGCUUUUAUUUUAUUCCAUUUUAAUUUCAAUAAGUGAUUCAUUAUGUCUCAACAAGUUAAGAUUCUUAUUUUUCGUUAGACUUUGUUAAGGAAUUUUUAUUGGUGCUUCAUGCACAGAUAUAACGAGAAAUUCAUAAGAAAUAAAAAUUUAGUCAACCAUUAUGUAAAAU